AUGCUCACAGCGGUCUGCGGCUCCCUGGGGACCCAACCCUCCGACGCCCCCAGAUCCUCCCCGACCCACCUGGACCUGCAGCCCCUGCAGCCCUUCCAGCCCCACGGCAGCACCGCGGCGGCCGCCCAAGACUUCGCCUCCCCUCUGCCCCCUCCGGAGCUGCCGCUGGCAGGUCCCGACGAAGCCACUUUUGCCACCCCUGGCACCUAUGAGCCCCAUGGCCCCCCGCGGUUAGAGCUGCCCAGCGACGGCCCCAGCGCCUACACCAAGCUGCUGCCAGCCGCCCCGGACAUGGCACAUCCCUACGAGCCUUGGUUUCGGCCCCCCCCCUCCGGCCCCCCCGGGGAGGAGGGAGGUGUCAACUGGUGGGACCUCCACGCUGGAGCCAGCUGGAUGGAGCUGCCCCCUGGGCAGGGUGGGGGGCUGCAGGUGCCCGGGCACCCUGGGCUGCCGCCAGCCCUGGGCGGGUACGGUGCCGGGGAGCACCAGCUCUGCGCCCCCCCUACCCACCUGCUGCCCCCUCCCGCCCAACACCUCCUGGGAGCGGAAGGAGCCAAGGCAAUGGAGGGCCCCCCCGAACCCCGAGGGCCGGAAGCAGAGGGCAGCGUGCGACCCAAAGGCGCCCGGCGUGCGGUGCCGCGGGGCGGGGGGCAAGCAGCUUGCCGCUGCCCCAACUGCCAGGAGGCAGAGAGGGGAGGGCCGUGCCCUGAAGGGGCGAAACGCAAGCACCUCCACAACUGCCACAUCCCCGGCUGCGGGAAGGCUUAUGCCAAGACGUCCCACCUGAAAGCCCACCUGCGCUGGCACAGCGGCGACCGCCCCUUCGUCUGCAAUUGGCUCUUCUGCGGCAAGCGCUUCACCCGCUCCGACGAGCUGCAGCGGCACCUCCAGACCCACACCGGGGCCAAGAAGUUCGCCUGCCCGGUCUGCGGCCGCGUCUUCAUGCGCAGCGACCACCUGGGCAAGCACAUGAAGACCCACGACGGGGGCAAAGAUGGGGGAGAAGCUGAGGUCAAAGGCAGCGGGGACCAGUCAGCCGGCAAGGGAGGCAAGAGGGAGCCCGAGGGGGGUAACGCCACCCCCACAAACUGA